UGAUUACACAUUCAUCUCCCAUCCCCCCCAUCCUGCCCUCCCCCCCUCCUCCGCCGCCUGGCUGCAGCCGCAACACAGAGACUCUGCAGAGCCACCGGGGCCCCAAAACUGACCGGCGCUCUGGGAGGGGCCACACUCAGUGUCAGCCCAGCAGGGAUCCAGAAGGUGGGCCAGAGAUGUCAGGGAAGGGAAGACCCCCCCGGAAAACCAGCAGUGUCAGGAUGGUCCUACAGGACUGUGAAGAGUCUUCCCCGCCCUCCAUUGUCCGAGUCACCAUCCCCAAAGUGCCCCUGACCAAGAAGAGCAAACAAAGAGAACCGCUGGCGCUGAUCCGAAGAAAACUCCUCUCCAAGAGCCAGGAGGUCCAGGAGAUAAAGAUCCUCGGCUAUGGAGAGGACAAUCUCUCGGCUCCGGACGGCCCACUCAUCACUCAUCUCUCCAUGAAGAACGAGCUCCUCCAGGAAGAUGAAGUCUGCGACAGAUUUCAGAAGAACGAGGUGGCCACCCAAACAGCCCCAAUUUAUUGCUUCGACACCAUAGAGGAGAUUGUGGAGUUCCUGAACAGCUGCAGCAAAGCGGAGGAGUGCAGCCCUAAGUCUCUGUCCUUCACGGAUGAGCCCCUUGAUGACCUCGGAGGAGAGGAUGUGAUCUCCAAUGACGACCACAUGAGGACACUCAAACUAGAGAUAGAAGAAGACGAUGAUGAUGAUCAACCAAUUGUUUCUCAUCUGUACCCCAACCUCCCCUUCCACUACGCCUCCACGUCAUCUCCAUCAUUCCCUGUGGUCAAACGUAGAAGAAAACAACGUUUCCACUGCGAAUGGCAAGGCCCGGUCGCCAUCAUCAGCUCCCCCAACGUGCCGGCUCACGCUAUGGAGCUUCGGGUGGACGAGGAUCUUGCCAUGUCCAUACGAAGACAAGUGGACAUCAACAAUCCGGGGCCAUUUGGAUGGCAGUUGGCAAAGCUGCUCUUUACCGAGGAGGAACUUUAUGGACACAACUUUAACGGGACGGACCAAAAGAUGCCCCUCAGCCCCCGGCGAGUCCAUGCCAUCCAACACGCAUUUCAUGACUACUUCCCUAGAGAUAUAGCAGACGAGGCCCUGGCCAAAGGCCGCACUGCCAUUAACCAAGGGAUAAGGAACAUGUUCUAUGUCCGCAACCGUAAAGAUGGAGAUUAUCCAUAACUGGAGCUCACUACGGGGCCCGAGAGACUGGAGCUCACUACGGGACCCGAGAGACUGGAGCUCACUACAGGUCCCGGGAGACUGGAGCUCACUACGGGACCCGAGAGACUGGAGCUCACUACAGGUCCCAAGAGACUGGAGCUCACUACGGGGCCUGAGAGACUGGAGCUCACUACGGGGCCUGAGAGACCCGAGCUCAAUACGGGACCCGAGAGACUGGAGCUCAAUACGGGACCCGAGAGACUGGAGCUCACUACAGGUCCCGAGAGACUGGAGCUCACUACGGGACCCGAGGGACUGGAGCUCACUACGGGACCCAAAAAACUGGAGCUCACUACGGGACCCGAGAGACUGGAGCUCACUACGGGACCCGAGAGACUGGAGCUCACUACGGGACCCGAGAGACUGGAGCUCACUACGGGACCCGAGAGACUGGAGCUCACUACGGGUCCCGAGAGACUGGAGCUCAAUACGGGACCCGAGAGACUGGAGCUCACUACGGGACCCGAGAGACUGAAGCUCACUACGGGACCCGAGAGACUGGAGCUCAAUACGGGACCCGAGAGACUGGAGCUCAAUACGGGACCCGAGAGACUGGAGCUCAAUACGGGACCCGAAAGACUGGAGCUCACUACGGGACCCGAGAGACUGGAGCUCACUACAGGUCCCGAGAGACUGGAGCUCACUACGGGUCCCGAGAGACUGGAGCUCACUACGGGACCCGAGAGACUGGAGCUCACUACGGGACCCGAGAGACUGGAGCUCACUACGGGACCCGAGAGACUGGAGCUCAGUACGGGACCCGAGAGACUGGCGCUCACUACAGGUCCCGAGAGACUGGUGAACUGGAGCUCAGUACGGGACCCAAGAGACUGGUGAUCUGAUCUCAGAUUGGAAGGUGAUAAUUUGGUCUCCACGAUGACCUAAGGCCUGUGACUUUUGGAAGAAGCGGCCAGGACUGUGACACUCAACUCCACACAUCUCAAUGGAAGACGCCAAGUUCUUUCUUUAUGACAGACUCUCAAUAACCAACUCCUAGGACUUCUCCCAUCUCCCCCCCCCCCCCCCAUGAUCAACUGCCCACCACUUCCCCUCCAUCCUUAGUCCAAUCAUCUCAUUCUAAAAUAACUAACAAUAAAUUUCGAUCAUUUCCCUCCAUCACCCCGACAUCGGCCACCUCCCUCUACAGCUCCCCCUUGUGGAGGCUCCUCUGCUGUAUGUUAUAGCGGAACUCCUCCUUGUUUUAUCUCUGCUUGCUGUUUGCUCACUAAAUGACUUCUUCCUGUUUAACUGAUAAAAGUGUCCAAGCUC